AUGUCUGGAGGAGAGGUGGUCUACACAGUACUGGAGAUGCUGAUCGCUGUUGCCUGCUGUCUGGGCAAUGUGCUGGUGAUCUGGGCAGUGUGGUCGAGCAGCUCUCUACGGCAGCCCACCUUCUGCUUUCUGGUUUCUCUGGCUGCAGCUGACAUCCUUGUAGGUUCUGUGGCUGUGCCGCUGGCUGUGCUGGUGGAUGGACGGGUGUGCACCUCGUUCAAUGUAUGUCUCUUCAUAAGCUGUGUGGUCGUCGUGUUGACAAUGGCUUCAGUCAUGUCUCUGUUAGCCAUUUCUGUGGACCGAUUCCUACGCGUCUUCAUCCCUCUCAGGUGAGCGUGCAUGCAUAUACAGUACACACACACAGCUUUUAAAAAAUGGUUGUCAUGUCAGAUUAACAGAUUCUCUGCUUCAAUAGGUACAAGAAGACAGUGACAGAGAGGAUAUCUUGGGUGGUGGUAGCAAUAUGUUGGUUUGUUGCCUUCAUGUUGAGCUUCCUACCCAUGUUUGGGUGGUACAACCGUGACACCUUGUCUCACUCAGGGAACUCAACCACCGUCAUCUGCCAUUUCCUGGCUGUGAUUCCCAUGUCAUACCUUGUUUACUUUGCCUUCUUCCUCUGCACCCUCACCCCGUUGCUUAUCAUGGCUGUCCUGUACUGCUACAUAUUCUGUACGAUCCGGAAGAACCUGAAGGGGAGGACGGGUAGCGGUGCCCAGUCCCACACCUACUUCAGGAAGGAGAGGAGCCUGGCCCGAUCCCUGACUCUGGUCCUGGUGCUGUUCGCCUUCUGCUGGCUCCCUCUGCACUUCAUGAACUGUGUUGCCUACUUUGGUAACCCAUCAGACAUACCCCACCAGGCCUUCUACGUGGGCAUCCUCCUCUCCCAUGGCAAUUCAGCUGUCAACCCGAUCGUGUAUGCCUUCAAGAUCCGCAAGAUCCAGGAAGCGUACCUGAAGAUCUGGAGGAAGUUCUUUGUGGGUCGAGACAGUCAGGGCUCUCAGAACAACCAGACCACUGAAAAUAAUAUCAGCAGCAACCCUAAUAGUGCGGCCAGAAAUAUUGAUGGCAAUGCUAUCAGCAUUGUGAAAAUCAACACAGUUGAGGGUACAGCAUGUUAAUAGCGUAGGAAGACAAUAGAAGUGAUAGUCGCUUGGCUUUUUUUCUUUGGCAAAGUGCAUGAACACCUUAGAACCUGUAUAAUAAGGGGAAACUACUGCCAGGGUGUUAAACAUUGGCAUAUUUUUAUAUUUCGCAUUUGUUGAAAAAAACUGAGUGAGAGAAAUAGACAGAGGAAGUUGCAAGGAAGUCAAGUAACUGGGCUCUUAUCGAUUUCCUGUUUAAAGACUCUUGAAUGUACUGAGGCUUGCUGGCAGUCAUCGAAAUUAUGCAAUGCCACUCCAAUUCAAUUAAUUUCAGUGCAUAUGAUAUUUCAAUAUGUCAGUGUUUAAAUUGUGUGUCCCUUUUCUGCAUGGUUCCAUGACUAUUCUAGCAAAGAGCUGGUCCAGAAUGAUAAGUUGAUGGAGAAAAGGUACAGUGUCACGGUUUCGGCCAAGGCUGCUCCUCCUCCUUGUUCGGGCAGGCUUCGGCGGUCGUCGUCUCCGGAGUACUAGCUGCCACCGUUCGAUGUUUUAUGUUUGUUUGGUUUUGUCUGUUUGUAACACCUGUCCCUUGUUAGUGUUUGAUUGUGUUCCCUAUUUAGUUUCGUCAUUUGGGUCAGGUGUUAUGUGUGAUUGUUUUUGUCAGCUGUUCGUGUUCAUGGGAUUUUGCUCUCUUUCUGUGUAUUUUUGAGAGUCCGCACUGCGUGCGCUUUUCCUUGUUUUACGCACUGUGUUGUGUGCGCUUUUGUCGUUCUUGCCUCCCGGUUGGGUUGGCUAUUUUCUCCUGUUUGGAGUUGUUUUGCACCACUAAAAGACUGUUGACGAACUCUUGUGUGCCUGCGCUUGAUUCCCUACACCACAUCCACACUCAGCGUUUGUGACAUACAGAAUGAUAAGUUGAUGGAGAGAAGGUACAGAAUGUGAAUUAAUGUGCAAAUGGUGGGCUGUUAACCUGAGUGAAGUUCAAGUAAAUAAUCACAUAAAAUUAUAACGUUUCAAAAAGAUAAAAGGGAAGAAAAUGUGUGUUGAAAUGUAUCCAUGAGCAUGAAUGUGAUAAUCAUCUGCCUGCCACUAUAGAGUUGCAUAACUGAAUGGCUGUAGUUAUGCACUAAUGUACCCUUCGAAACUUACCAUCUUACUCACAAGUUAUUUAGCUGGUGUAAUGAAAUUAAAUCACGGAUUGCAACUGAAUAACUUGCACAUUACAUCAUUUCAGUUACUCCCAUGUAUCUUAUUUAUUGAUGCUUUGUGAUUAAGGAGAAAUCUGUAAGGGCAGUGGAAGCACUCCAGUCACACUAAGGAGGAUGGAUUGAUUUAUUCAUUCAUUCACCUUUAUGAACAAGGCUAAAGGCGGGACAUAACAUUUAUCUAUAGGGGAUGUAAGAUUCUAUUUCUAAUUCUACAGAUUCUCUGUGUGGUUAUUCAGGAAGUAAAAACAUAUAUCACAUCACAUACAGUGGGGAAAAAAAGUAUUUAGUCAGCCACCAAUUGUGCAAGUUCUCCCACUUAAAAAGAUGAGAGAGGCCUGUAAUUUUCAUCAUAGGUACACGUCAACUAUGACAGACAAAUUGAGAAAAAAAAUCCAGAAAAUCACAUUGUAGGAUUUUUUAUGAAUUUAUUUGCAAAUUAUGGUGGAAAAUAAGUAUUUGGUCACCUACAAACAAGCAAGAUUUCUGGCUCUCACAGACCUGUAACAACUUCUUCAAGAGGCUCCUCUGUCCUCCACUCGUUACCUGUAUUAAUGGCACCUGUUUGAACUUGUUAUCAGUAUAAAAGACACCUGUCCACAACCUCAAACAGUCACACUCCAAACUCCACUAUGGCCAAGACCAAAGUGCUGUCAAAGGACACCAGAAACAAAAUUGUAGACCUGCACCAGGCUGGGAAGACUGAAUCUGCAAUAGGUAAGCAGCUUGGUUUGAAGAAAUCAACUGUGGGAGCAAUUAUUAGGAAAUGGAAGACAUACAAGACCACUGAUAAUCUCCCUCGAUCUGGGGCUCCACGCAAGAUCUCACCCCGUGGGGUCAAAAUGAUCACAAGAACGGUGAGCAAAAAUCCCAGAACCACACAGGGGGACCUAGUGAAUGACCUGCAGAGAGCUGGGACCAAAGUAACAAAGCCUACCAUCAGUAACACACUACGCCGCCAGGGACUCAAAUCCUGCAGUGCCAGACGUGUCCCCCUGCUUAAGCCAGUACAUGUCCAGGCCCGUCUGAAGUUUGCUAGAGUGCAUUUGGAUGAUCCAGAAGAGGAUUGGGAGAAUGUCAUAUGGUCAGAUGAAACCAAAAUAGAACUUUUGGUUAAAAACUCAACUCGUCGUGUUUGGAGGACAAAGAAUGCUGAGUUGUAUCCAAAGAACACCAUACCUACUGUGAAGCAUGGGGGUGGAAACAUCAUGCUUUGGGGCUGUUUUUCUGCAAAGGGACCAGGACGACUGAUCCGUGUAAAGGAAAGAAUGAAUGGGGCCAUGUAUCGUGAGAUUUGGAGUGAAAACCUCCUUCCAUCAGCAAGGGCAUUGAAGAUGAAACGUGGCUGGGUCUUUCAGCAUGACAAUGAUCCCAAACACACCGCCCGGGCAACAAAGGAGUGGCUUCUUAAGAAGCAUUUCAAGGUCCUGGAGUGGCCUAGCCAGUCUCCAGAUCUCAACCCCAUAGAAAAUCUUUGGAGGGAGUUGAAAGUCUGUGUUGCCCAGCGACAGGCCCAAAACAUCACUGCUCUAGAGGAGAUCUGCAUGGAGGAAUGGGCCAAAAUACCAGCAACAGUGUGUGAAAACCUUGUGAAGACUUACAGAAAACGUUUGACCUGUGUCAUUGCCAACAAAGGGUAUAUAACAAAGUAUUGAGAAACUUUUGUUAUUGACCAAAUACUUAUUUUCCACCAUAAUUUGCAAAUAAAUUCAUAAAAAAUCCUACAAUGUGAUUUUCUGGAUUUUUUUUAUUCUCAUUUUGUCUGUCAUAGUUGACGUGUACCUAUGAUGAAAAUUACAGUUCUCUCUCAUCUUUUUAAGUGGGAGAACUUGCACAAUUGGUGGCUGACUAAAUACUUUUUUUCCCCACUGUACAGCUCAUCUGGACACAGUGUACGGUCCAGUCAUUUAUGCAAAGCCAUUUGAGAGGAUGAAAUCGGUCUUGGUUAGCACAAAAGCAUGGGGGGACAGAAUGUUAGUUUAGCUCCUCACAAAUCCUCUUGGGUAAGUGUCAAGGUCCUGUCUGCAGUGCAUCUCAGGUGACAGAAAGAGUACUAAAAUCUUAAAAUGGCACCUAGGCUCUCACAUUUUCAUUUGACACCCUGUUAUCUUGAGUGGCACUGCUAAGAAAUAUCCAAUCUCCCAAAAGCUUGUUUUAUAAGACCCACCUGCCAGACCACAGUCACAGCUCCCCCCUAUCCCACAUGUAUGCACACGCACACACACACACACACACACACACACACACACACACACACACACACACACACACACACACACACACACACACACACACACACACACACACACACACACACACACACACAAACACACACACCACACACACACUUCUGAUGGUGUGUGAGAAGCUCACUAUUGUUCCGGAGGAGUGAUGGGAGGAGGAGGUACAGACCUGCUACAAAGAGAACGAGGCCCCUCCCCUCUGAGGGAAGGAGAGAAGCAGGGGAUCAGCCAGUCAGUGUGGAGCUAAAAGAGGAUGCUGGACAUUUAUCUCCCCAGAUCCGUCCAUCGACAUAGGACCCACUCAGUGAGUCAAUGCCAGGUCAGCGACCACCCACGCUUCUCUCAGCAGCAGCAGCAGCUCAGAGGGAACACACAGAAUUGUAGAGGACACAAUGAAAUGAGUUGAAUGCAUAGGACCAACCGAAGAAGAAGAAGCUUUAACUACCUCUUAAACAAUUUCUAAUCUGAGGCAAGGCAAGGGGAAAUCCGAGGACUUUUAAAAUGUCUUCCUUUCAUGGUGUCAAGCAACGGGAGCAUGUGGACAUAAUGUACAUCUCCAUGGAGACAGCCAUCGCCCUGGCCUCUGUGCUGGGCAACGUGCUGGUGGUGCUGGUGGUCUGUAUGAACCGGGCCCUGAGGGACACCACGUUCUGCUUCAUCGUAUCUCUGGCGAUGGCCGACAUCGCUGUGGGAGCCCUGGUCAUCCCCCUGGCUGUAGUGAUCAGUCUGGGGCUGAAGACUCAGUUCUACACCUGCCUCUUCCUCUCCUGCCUGCUCCUCAUCAUCACCCAGGGCUCCAUCCUGUCCCUAAUGGCCAUCGCCAUCGACCGUUACCUCCGGGUCAAGAUUCCCACGAAGUGAGUCCACCGAAUUAUGCAUGCUAUUUACUUUUCCCAGGUAGCGUUCCGAACAGUCUGAAAACAACUGCCAACUUUAUCACACAGAGGGCUCUAUUUUAACGAACCUAAUGCAAUGGUAAAUUUUAGCACUGGCGGUAGAGCUGUAGGUUCCAACGUGAUCCAUGGCUAAAUAUGUGGUUGCUUCAAGUUGUGUAUUUACGGUCUUUUAUGUAUUGCGUUUUCAUCAACACCAAUUAGAAUGUUAGUCCAUUAUAGCCUAGUUUGUUAAAUAGCCUACAGAAACAAAAUAACUAAAUAUAGGCCUAUCCCAUUUUUCAAAAAAUGUUGAACAUGUUUGCAGUCCACAUUGUUCUAAGUAAUUGCAUUGCUUCAAUAUGGAAAUAUAUUGUUAACAUAGGCCUACUAUAAAAUGAAUAUAAAGCCUUUUUUACAUCAGCAGAUGUCACAAAGUGCUAUACAGAAACCCAGCCUAAAACUCCAAAGACCAAGCAAUGCAGAUGUAGAAGCAAGGUGGCAAAGAAAAACUCCCUAGAAAGUCAGGAACCUAGGAAGAAACCUAGUGAGGAACCAGGCUCUGAUGGGUGGCCAGUCCUCUUCUGGCUGUGCCUGGUGGAGAUUAUAAGAGUACCGUUAAGGCCAGAUUGUUCUUCAAGAUGUUCAAACGUUCAUAGAUGACCAGCAGGGUCAAAUAAUAGGGUCAAAUAAUAAUCACAGUGGUUAUAGAGGGUGCAACAGGUCAGCACCUCAGGAGUAAAUGUCAGUUUCCUUUUCAUAGCCGAGCAUUCAGAGGUCGAGACAGCAGGUGCGGUAGAGAGAGAGAGAGAGAGAGAGAGAGAGAGAGAGAGAGAGAGACAGGAGAUAAGACCAAAAAUACAAAAAUGGGCUAAUGUUGCACAAUCUAGAAAGCUCUUUGCAUCUUAGUAAGACUCACCGCUGAAAUCGCUGCCAAAGGUGCUCCUACAAAGUAUUAACUCAAGGGUGUGAAAACUUAUGUAUAUGAAAUAUUUCUGUAUUUAAUUGCAAUACAUUUGCACAAACUUUUAAUAUAGGAUUGCCCAUAAUGAGAUUGAUUUUGCUUUAGGGCAACAACUUCAGCAUUUUAAUGUAUUCCUAGUGAAGAAAAUGUUCUGUUAAUUCUAAUUACACAUUGAUGACUUAAAUUACAAAUUGAUGAAUUAAAUUACACAUUGAUGACUUACAUGUUAACUUUUAUUUGUAAUUGAAAAUAACUGUUUGUGGUGCGAGGGAUACCAAGGGAGUGUGCAGUGGCAAUCUAAGUAGAAUUUCUCUCAGACUGCUGGGAAGCCAUAUAUCUCAGCUUAGUUUAAUACAAAUCAAUGGGCUAGACAUUGAAAGCUUUUAAGUAAAUUAAAAUGUUCCUGUCCGUCCCAAGGAGUGAUUUUUAAGGCUGGUUCGUUGGGCCUUUUUGGCAGAGUUCCUGGUGCGUCUUAUUUAUUUGUAGUGUCAUGUGGACAGGGGAGUUGUGUAAGAGAGAUAAAUAUAUGGCAACAGCAACUUGCUAUCAAAGGGAACAGUUCCUUCAUUUUGGAGUGUCAUACCACCACCUUUUAUAUUCUCACAUAAAAAUCUGAAAGUAAUGUAUAUAUAUACUGAACAAAUAUAUAAACGCAACAUGUAAAAUGUUGGUUGCAUGUUUCCUGAGGUGAAAUAAAAGAUCCCAGAAAUGUUCCACAUGCACAAAAAUCUUAUUUAUCUCAAGUUUUCUGCACAAAUUUGUUUACAUACAUGUUAGUGAGCAUUUCUCCUUUGCCAAGAUAAUCCAUCCACCUGACAGGUGUGGCAUAUCAAGAAGCUGAUUAAACAGCAUGAUCAUUACACAGGUGUAUCUUGUGCUGGGGACAAUAAAAGGUCACUCUAAAAUGUGCAGUUUUGUCACACAACACAAUGCAACAGAUGUCUCAAGUUUUGAGGGAGCGUGCUAUUGGCAUGCUGACUGCAGGAAUGUCCGCCAGAGCUGUUGCCAGAGAAUUUAAUGUUAAUUUCUCUACCAUAAGCCUCCAGCGUCGUUUUAGAGAAUUUGGCAGUACCUCCAAACGGCCUCAAAACCGCAGACCUUGUGUAACCACGCCAACCCAGGACCUCCAACCAUGUGUAGACCUUGUGUAACCACACCAACCCAGGACCUCCAAACACGUGUAGACCUUGUGUAACCACGCCAACCCAGGACCUCCAACCACGUGUAGACCUCGUGUAACCACACCAACCCAGGACCUCCAACCAUGUGUAGACCACGUGUAACCACGCCAACCCAGGACCUCCAACCACGUGUAGACCUUGUGUAACCACGGCAACCCAGGACCUCCAACCACGAGUAGACCUCGUGUAACCACGCCAACCCAGGACCUCCAACCACGUGUAGACCUCGUGUAACCACACCAACCCAGGACCUCCAACCACGUGUAAACCUUGUGUAACCACGCCAACCCAGGACCUCCAACCACGUGUAGACCUUGUGUAACCACACCAACCCAGGACCUCCAACCACGUGUAGACCACGUGUAACCAUGCCAACCCAGGACCGCCAUCCACGUGUAGACCUCGUGUAACCACGGCAACCCAGGACCUUCAACCAUGUGUAGACCAUGUUUAACCACGGCAACCCAGGAACUCCAACCACGUGUAGACCUCAUGUAGCCACGACAACCCAGGACCUCCAACCACGUGUAGACCUUGUGUAACCACGCCAACCCAGGACCUCCAACCACGUGUAGACCUUGUGUAACCAUGCCAACCCAGGACCUCCAACCACGUGUAGACCAUGUGUAACCACGCCAGUCCAGGACCUCCACAUCCGGCUUCUUAACCUGUGGGAUCGUCUGAGACCAGCACCCGGACAACUGAUGAAACUGAGGAGUAUUUCUGUCUGUAAUAAAGCCCUUUUGUGCUGAAAAACUAAUUCUGAUUGGCUGGGCCUGGCUCCCCAGUGAGUGGGCCUUGCUCCCAAGUGGGUGGGCCUAUGCUCUCCCAGGCCCAUCCAUGGCUGCACCCCUACCCAGUCAUUUGAAAAUCCAUAUAUUAAGGCCUAAUGAAUUUAUUUCAAUUGAUUCAUUUCCUUAUAUGAACUGUAACUCAGUAAAAUCAUUUAAAUUGUUGCAUGUUGUGUUUACAUUUUUGUUCAGUAUAGAUCCUUGCAUUUACUUAGCUCUCAGUAUUUUACAUUCUAAAAUCAAUAUGUGCCAAAUAAAAAUCCAUAUUUUUGUCCUGAGGAAAUUUGGUGACACUUAAAAUAUCUGAAAGCAAAGUAGCUUGCAUUUGCUUAUCUCUCAGUAUUAUGUGCCAAAAUAAAAAAAUCCAUAUUAUUAUUAUUUGGUGACACUUUGUAAAUCACCUUCAAUGAAUAAAUUAAUCCAUUAUGCUUCUGUCACGGAACACGUUUGACACCCUGUUAGCUUGAGUGGCACUGAAACAAAGGUAGAACAGUAUGACAGUACCUGUUUUAUAAAUGAAUACAUGCAUAAAUGUAUUGAAUUAUUAAUGCAUUGAACAGAGAUGGUGCAUCAUUGUUAUUCAUAAAAGCUCAUACUUAGCUCCUUAGAACAGCAUGUACUUUAACAAUGCAUGCCUGAUGCAUCCAGCAAGUUCUUGCACAAGGAGCUAAAGCUAGCCAAGUCCCUGGCGCUCGUCGUCUUCUUAUUCGCUCUGUGCUGGUUUACACAAGUGGCUUAUGGAAAUGUUUCCAGACAUAUUUGUCUGGAGAUAAUCAGAAGUCUAAGCUAAGCUUUACCUCCAACUGUUUUGUAUGUUCUAUGUUUGUCAAUGUACUGUAUCGUUUUUCAAACUGAAUUCCUCCGGUCCUCUGCAGGUACAGCAUCAUCGUGACACAGAACAGGGCAUGGGUGGCAGUGUUCCUAUGCUGGCUCCUCUCUGCCCUGAUGGGGCUGGUGCCCAUGUUGGGCUGGCACAACGAGCACACAAAGAAUAACCUGAGCAUCAUCAGCGAUGACAUAAUAGUUUGCAAGUUCACUAAGGUUAUGCGCAUGGACUACAUGGUCUACUUCAACUUCUUCGGCUGGGUGGUGAUUCCUCUGACCAUCAUGAUCGCGCUGUACGCCGAGAUCUUCAGGGUGAUCCGGAAGCAGCUUAACAUGCGUGCCGAGGCCACCUGCGACACCAGCAAGUACUUGCACAAGGAGCUAAAGCUAGCCAAGUCCCUGGCGCUAGUCGUCUUCUUAUUCGCUCUGUGCUGGCUGCCCCUGCAUGUCAUGAACUGCAUCCUCUUCUACUGCCCGGAGUGUGGGAUGCCCAAGAGCGCCAUGUAUGUGGGAAUCUUUAUGACCCACAUCAACUCUGCCCUCAACCCGCUGGUCUACGCUUUCCGAAUACAGCGGUUCCGUACCACGCUGGUCCAGAUCUUCCACCGCUGCAUGCUGUGUAAACCCACGGAGACCAGACCUUGCCCCAACCAGCCCAGCCCAGCCCACCACCCCUGUUUGAGAAAGUCCAACCCUACCCAGGACCUGCCCUGUUUAUAG